CGGCCGUCACGCAUCCGUUUCUAAGCGCACAAAUCCGGGCUACCUCGCGAGAGGAUGACCCGAGUUCACAUCAUUGCUAAGAUUCUCUCGCGCGUAUUCUUCCUUUCUUUUUCCUUCUCUUACUUUAUUUUAUUUUAUUUUUUCCUUGUUUGUUUCGAACGGAACGCGCGAAAGUUCCGUCGUCAGUCUCUCGUGACUGUCGGCGCAAGCGUGGGAAUUAGACAUCGCGUUCAGUGGUGUUGAUCCGGAUGAAUCUCUCACGCGGGUGAUAUCGGGCGAGGAAACUUCGAUAAGAUUCUGAGUAACCGGACUUUUAUCGUGUUUGAUUUGCAACUCAUUAUGUACAAAUAUAUAUAAAAUAGCGAUAUUGUGACAAAGUAGUCUUCAACGUUGUUCGAAAGAAACCACGUGUAAGAGAGACAACAGCAUCUAAGCGUUCUUCCCUUAUAUUCAACAUGUCAGAAGCAGCGAAUAUUUUGCACGGCAAAGGCGAAUUGAUGGAGAAGAUUAAUUUGUCUGUAGGACAAUUAUUACUGAUGCAAUUGGCGGCGUAUGGUCCUCGUAUAGCACAAAUAAACGCCCACACUGGCAAAGAGCAAACGUAUCAGUAUAUUUUGGAUACCAGCCGAAAAUUAGCGAUUUACCUUCAAAGAGAAGGACUGAAGAUAAGUGAUACCGUAGCAGUGUGCAGCGAAAAUAAUCUAGAAUUUUGUAUUCCAGUAUGCGCUACAUUUUAUCUGAAUGCUAUCGUUUGUCCCUUAAACCCUCUGUACUCUGAAGGAGAGUUGAAACAUGCACUCACUAUUUCAAAACCAAAAUUUAUUUUUGUAUCGAAAUUGGCGCUUAAUAACAUGACAAAGAUAUUCAGAGAAUUGUAUUGGUCACCAAGGAUGUUAAUACUUGAUGAAUAUGGUAAUAACACAUCAUGGAUAAGCAUGUAUAAAGCAAUAUCAAGUAUUUCCAGUGAUGACGCAAAUAUGAUCCAAGCAGCUUCUGUCGAUGUAGAUAAUCAUGUAAUAGCGAUUUUGUGUUCAAGUGGAACUACAGGAUUGGCAAAAGGCGUCAUGUGGACGAACACAAAUAUAACUGCAGUUAUACGCUCAUAUAUGAGCAGUAAUACAAACAUGCUUUCUGAAAAUUCUAUAUCUUUGUCGUUGCUUCCAUUUUUUCAUUCUUACUCUUUUACCUUGAUGAUAUUGGGACUGUUGAGCGGAAACUGCAGUAUUGUGUUUUCACAUUUUGAGGAUGAGUUAUUCCUGCGAUACGUGGAAAAAUAUAAAAUUCAAUAUUUGCCUGUGGUACCGUCGCUUAUGAUAUUCCUGGCAAAACAUCCACUCGUAGACAAAUACGAUUUGUCGUCUAUCAAAACAAUAUGGUCUGGAGCAGCUCCAUUGUCGAAGGAAAUUCAAAAUGCUGUUUCCAAGCGUUUAAAUAUUACUGAAAUUAAACAAGGAUACGGAUUGACAGAAACCACUUUAGGUGUGUUGCGAACCCUAGAUAUAAUAAAACCAGGUAGCGUUGGUGUGUUGGUUCCAGGUAUAUCAGCAAAGGUAAUACCAUUGGGAGAAUAUGAAACAGAUAAAGCUUUAGGACCAAAUUGCAUAGGAGAAUUAUGCUUCAAAGGAGAUUUGAUAAUGAAAGGCUAUUAUAACGACGAAAAGUCUACCAGAGAGACGAUUGACAAGGAUGGCUGGUUGCACACGGGAGAUAUAGGAUACUACGAUGAGGACGAACAUUUUUACAUUGUCGAUCGAAUAAAAGAACUUAUCAAGUAUAAAGGUUUUCAAGUUCCACCAGCUGAACUCGAAGCGAUUUUGUUAAGUUACCCUGGUAUACAAGAUGCGGCUGUGAUUGGUCUACCAAAUGACAAAGCUGGAGAGUUACCAAUGGCUUUUGUGGUAAAACAAAAUAAUGCCAAUAUUUGCGAAAAAGAUAUAAUCCAGUAUGUUAAUGAACGUGUAUCAAAUCCUAAGCGACUUAGAGGCGGCGUAAAAUUUGUAGAUAGCAUUCCAAAGACUGCUUCAGGUAAAAUAUUACGUCGAAUAUUACGAGAUAAAUUAAAAUCAAAGUUGUAA